AUGCGUCUUCGUCUUUCUUUGACACUGGCAGCGUCAUUCAAUCUAGUCACUGCCGACCGUACUGGGAAUCAAGUCAGCACCGUUCACUGUGCGCUCACAGGCAAAUCGUUCCUCCCGGCGUUUCUCAGUUCCAACCAAGCAAGCUACCUGGUGCCGGCUCAAUGCGGCGCUCUCUGCCGGUCGAAGCCUCUAUGUCAGAGUUACGGCAUAGAGAAUGGCUCUUGCCGCCUAUACUACCUUCCUAUCAUAUUCUCGAUAACGAAGCAGCCCCCUUAUGCCAACACCUUCUAUGACAAAGCAUGCGCAACUACCUCCGAUAUGUGUCAAGUCAACGGCCUUAGAUCUCCGUCAAGUCCUGCUUUUUUUAUCUCGACCAAGUUUGCCGACAACUCCUUUGCCGGAUGCUCUACCCUUUGUAAAGGAACACCGGACUGCCGAAGCUUUUCUAUACGAGUUGAGAAUGGGGGCACUUGUCGCUUAUACAAGAACGCCCUAGCUGCAGACUUCGUUCCGAAGUCGGACAGUCUGUACCUCUACUGGGAUGUGAACUGUCCGCGAGCGGUGGUAAAUUCGGGGCCUUUUAUAGGUUCCUACAGGCCAACUACUACUGUUCCCAAGCUCUCUGUCCAGGCAGCAGUGAUAUUCCCAGCGCAUACAAGUCCAACCCUACUCACGACUGACAGUCCGCCGUAUACUCCUAGUGGCCCCCAAGUGACCCCAAUCGAUGAUAAUGAGUACAUGUCAACGUACACCUUCUUGGAGUUUCCCCUUGCAACGGUAAAUUCAACAGGAUUACCACCGAUCACGACCGGUAUCGCUCAGCCUAAGCCUAUCCCAACAGCUCCAUGUUUAGUUGAACCAGGAGCGCAGGCACAGUUUAGCAUUCUUAAUGAGAAUUACCUACCCAUGGUUAGUAGAGCGUCCAAUUCGGUUGGGCCUUUGCUACAGCCUACAGUUGCGCCUGCAGCCAACGAUCCAAUACUCAAUCCAGAAGCUUUAGAACUGCCUGGAUUCUACCUACAGCAGCCUAAAGGCGUUACGGGUGCGUAUGACUUGGUAUAUACCGGGUCUUUAAACUUUCAAUUCGUCGCCAUGAACAAAACUGGGUCGAUUGUCCUCACAACAUCGUCUACGGGAACUGAUUACAAAAACGGCCUUGUCACGUCCAUUUUCAACUUCGACUGUUAUGGCCGUAUUAGCAUCGAGCAAGGUGGUUAUAGCUACAGCUGGACUACCAACGGUACGUCAAGCAAACUAGUCAAGGAAUCACCGGCUGCGGAAAACAUGAAAGCUCUACCUAAGAGCAUCCCUGCGGUUCAGAGCGCCCGCAAACACCGCAAACGUAACCAUCAGCUUGCUAAAAGGCUCCAAAAGCGGUCAUAUACAGAUGGUCCUGCCCCGAAAUGUCCCGUCCAACCUGCCAACCUGAUCCCAAAGACAAAGCAAGGCUAUAAGCUGGGUGAAGGCAACUUCUGUGACAACCUUAACGAUAAAUGGUCACUCAGUCCAUUUGACUUUGAUCUAUCCUGUGGUGUUCAAAGUCUUUGCUACGACCAAUGCGAGUCCUUUGGCUGGCAAAGUUGCAACGGAAUCUUCGGCACACUUAUGAUAAUCUCAUGCGCAGAUGCCUUUGAAAGCUGGUGGGAAGUGGCUCUUGCGGUAGCAUGUGUCGCACAAGCAGGCUAUUUCACUGGUGUGGCUGCUACAAGCACUGGACGCGAACUCUUCUACAAAGCCCAAGGUGCCAUGUGCCGCUGCUUCUGCUCCAAUCCCCCGGAUACGUGUGUAUUCACUAACGGCGACUUCUACUGCGCCGAUGUUUUACAAGGUAGCGACGAUUUUAAUUGUGGUGACUGUGGAAGGGUAUGCGGCCCAAAUACGAAGUGUCGCAACGGAAACUGUGGCUGCACACAGGAUCAGUGUGGGACCACAUGCCUAGACUUUCGAAACAACGCAAAUAAUUGUGGCUCGUGUGGCAACAUCUGCAACCCGGCUUACUGCCUCGACGGUCGAUGUUAUGUACCAAAACCAGGCGAGUGCACACCCGAACAAAGCGUUGCCAACAAAGACUUUAGUGAUUACUAUCCCAGCUUCGCAAACUGGGAAAUGGCAGCCUUCCCAGGAUGUGAACUGGGAGACAAGAUCAAAUUUGCACCGACCAACUUCAUUGACUCAAGCGGAGGCCGAAACCCUGCUGUUCUGGUGGAUAUGUCGAGCCUACCGAACUCAGGCUGCCAGGCAGCCAUGGUUCAAGCAGAUGUCAAGAUGUGCCCUGGGAUCAAGUACGAGCUCACUUUCGCCAUGGGCUAUGUCAACCAAGUCAACAACGAUGCCGUUGUCAGCAAUGCAAACUGCAUAGUGAGAUGGCUGACUGGAACACCUACCGUCUGGGACAACAACGGCGAUUAUCAGUCCUCGAUUAAUUAUAAUAUUGGCAUCGGCAACCCCUACUAUAAGGGCUUCGGACCGUGGACUCUCCACGUAGCCAAGGGCGACCCGGGUGUGAGGCAUUUUCGGGGAGAUCUUUUUGUCAACUUGACGGCUGUCAUCAGUUGCGGUGGUGCUACUGGUGGCGCGGGAAGGUUUGUUAUCAGGGACGUCAAAAUGACCCCCGUGGGCUCUGUCAAGAAGAGAUCUUUCACGGUUGGCGAGGGGCCAGCGUUUUCGAGCAAUCGGCAGGCCAGGGGUCUCAUCUUGCCACCAAACAAUUCUACCACGAAGGUUACUCAGGAGAUCGCGCCAGUCACAUCUACAACAAGCACGCCUCAGGAUAUUACGCCGGCCAACAUUACUACGAAUAUCACUCUGGAGCUCGAGCCGUAUUACCCAGAUCAACAACCAGGCGUAGUGCUUGUAACCAGCUUCGAUCCGAAGGUGGAGAAUGUCACCAAUGCGCUUGAGGUUAUAGGUACAGAGUAA